GAAAGAUGCCUUUGAUUUUCAUCAGUAUUUGUCAGCUACUUACUGCAACAUUUUAAGUGCAAAGCAAGUAGCAAUAGAAUGGCAGGUGAGGAGAUUUCAAGUUUUAAAGAAUUCCAAAAGAUAGGUCACUCUGCAUUUAUCCUUGGCUACACGGGAAAAGUUGGAAAGGCUCUUACUAAGGAGCUGGCCAAGGCCAAGCUGUUUAAGAAAGUAUUUCUGAUUGGGCGGAGACAAGUACAACUUGAUGGUGAUAUUGGAGAAGAAUUUGAGCAAAUAGUUGUUGACUUUGAAAAAAUUGAAGACUAUGCAGACAUUUUUAAAGACAUUGAUGUUGGUUUCUGCUGUUUGGGUACAACAACAAAAAAUGGAACAGAAAGCUUUGUUCGUGUUGAUCACGAUUAUGUCAUAAAAUCGGCAGAACUUGCCAAAAGUGGAGGAUGUAAACACUUUAACUUUAUAUCAACCAAGUGGGCAGACAGGAAUGGUACACUUUUGUACAUAAAGACAAAGGGGCAAGUUGAAGAAGCAUUGAAAGUGAUGCAUUUUAACAGACUUUCUGUUUUUCGACCUGGAGGUAUUCUAGGUCACAGAGAUGACAGUCGACUCACAGAAACUGUUGCUACAUUUUUCUUAAAGCCUGUGACAUUUCUGUUUCCAACUGCCAUUACGAUUCCCGUGGAAAUGUUUGCCAAGGCGAUGAUAAAAAAUACGGUCACCCCAGCUGAUCAUCCAGUGGAGAUACUGGAAAACAAGGACAUCCACGCGAUCUCAGGUUCAUUGACAAUGUGUCACACAGAUCAGAAACAAGCUGCAGACUAAUAAUUGGUAUCUUGGGUUGGAAUAUUCAGUAAAAGUUUACAGUAGCCUGUUGGAGAAGGAUUUUAUAAAUUAUAUAAUAUGUAAUUGUUCAGUCUGUUCUAGAAUUUAUCGCAUUGGAUGGGUAAGGAGGCAAAUGUUUUGUUUUGUAUACCGACCACACACAAAAUAAAACUAAUUAAACCAAGAAUGUAUAGAGGGGAAAACAAAAGACUGCUAAGACACACCAGGCCACUACACACCCAAACUAUUUAAACCAAUUAUGUAUAGGGUGGGGUAGAGAAAGUUGUAGACCUAAGACACACCAAAAUAUGACUGUUUAAAGCAAAUGGGGUGUAGAGAAAGUUGUAGACCUAAGACACACCAAAUGGGGGGUAGUGAAAGUUGUAGACCUAAGACACACCAAAUGGGGUGUAGAGAAAGUUGUAGACCUAAGACACACCAAAAUAUGACUGUUUAAAGCAAAUGGGGUGUAGUGAAAGUUGUAGACCUAUGACACCAAAAUAUGACUGUUUAAAGCAAAUGGGGGGUAGUGAAAGUUGUAGACCUAAGACACACCAAAUGGGGGGUAGUGAAAGUUGUAGACCUAAGACACACCAAAUGGGGGGUAGUGAAAGUUGUAGACCUAUGACACCAAAAUAUGACUGUUUAAAGCAAAUGGGGGGUAGUGAAAGUUGUAGACCUAAGACACACCAAAUGGGGGGUAGUGAAAGUUGUAGACCUAAGACACACCAAAUGGGGGGUAGUGAAAGUUGUAGACCUAAGACACACCAGGCCACCACACACAAAAUAAAACUGUUUGAAUCAAGUGGGGGGUGGGGGUGGGAGGGUAGAGAAAGUU